CAAACAUUGGCAGUAGAAUGACCCGUACUGAAGAGCACAGUGACUUUCAACGUGGCACAGUCAUAGGAUGCCACCUUUCCAACAAAAAUGGAACAGACUGAUGAGGUCCUCAGAGAUGAGAUUAUCAAGGCUUUCAGCAUACCUUGACAUCCAUCGCUGCCUGGAGUACUUGUUAUACCUGGGCUACACCAUCCUUACUCAGCAGAACACCCAAACCACUGCAGUCACAGUGACGCGGGAGAAGGCCGUGGACCUGGAGAAGGGCCAGGUUCAGCGGUCAGUGUUCCUAUGUAAGGUGAUUGGACCGCGGGGGACUGGGAAGUCUGCGUUCCUUCAGGUCUUCCUUGGCCGAAACACAGCGUGAGAGGAGCAUUCCACUGGUGCCUUUUCCUUCUACACCAUAAACACUGUCCAAGUUAGCAACCAGGAGAAGUUCCUCGUCCUCUACGAGGUGGACGUGGAAACGGAGUUCCUAAAGGCGUCGGACGCUGCGUGCGACGUAGCAUGUCUCAUGUAUGACACAAACGACCCCCACUCCUUCGACUACUGUGCCAGUAUAUACAAGAUAUCUAUGUCUUAUCUGUAGCAACACUACAUGAACAGCAGUAUUCCCUGUGUGGUGGUGGCCUCCAAGGCAGACCUCCCCGAGGUGAGACAACUCCACGGGAUGACCCCAGCAGAGUUCUGCUACAAACACCGGCUGCCAAUGCCACUCCCCUUUUCCGGCCUGUCCCUGGACUCCACCAGCAAGAACAUUUACACCAAGCUGGCCUGGGCCGCCAUGUUCCCACCUGAACGACUCCGACAUGAGCAACACCUCCUUCUGGCUGAGAGUGACGCCAGGCGCAGCAGUAGUCACAGUCCUAGGCUUCGCCAUCUACAGAGCUUUCGCCCGACAGAAAUAACUGGGUUCCUGACUGGAG